AUGUCUUUACCGGCUUUUUACCAUCUUGUGGUUUUCAUAUUUCUAGCGUAUUCGUUUGCUUUUAACCUUUUAAAAGUCCAGGAUGAUCCAGGGACUAACCUUUUUACCUACCGCGGAUAUGGAGGAAAAUUCAAAUUCCUUACUUUUUGGCUUUUUUUUCUACAGGUAUUCUAUUUUGGAUUUUCUUGUGUGAAUGAUAUUUUUGGAUCCAAUAAUCGACCUUCACAGUCCAAGCCCUUCCUUCGCUCUACUUUACAACGUUGGCGGGAUAUUCUUUUAUCUAGCAUUGUAUUUCCUGUAGGAAUGUUUGUAGUGUGUACAUUUUGGGGGAUAUACUUUGUAGACAGAGAGCUGGUUUAUCCUCAGAAGCUUGACAAAUUUAUUCCAUCUUGGCUAAACCAUGUUAUGCACACCACAGUAUUACCAUUCCUACUGGGGGAUAUGUAUUUGGUUUACCACCAUUUUCCCACACGCAAAAGAGGGCUGAAGAUUCUCCUUAGUUUUGCUUUAUCAUAUUUGGUGUGGAUACUAUGGGUAGCCUACUAUGCUAAUAUAUGGGUUUACCCAGUUCUUCAAGUUAUGGCACCACACGAGAGGGUUAUCUUCAUUGCCAUUCUCAUGGCUUUAUUUAUAAGUAUUUACCUGGUUGGAGAAGGCCUGAACAAAUUUCUCUGGGGGAAGGAAAGAAGAAACUACCAGUUAAUGCAACAGAAGUCACGGAGUUGAUGUCAAAGUCACACAGAUAGAUAUAAUAUAUAAAAUUGGCAGUAUAGGGGCCAGUAAUGUUUAUCAUUCAAAUACCAAGUGUCAGAUGUAUGAUUGACAUGUGUUAAUGAUUUGUAGUAAUUUCAGUCUAAUUUAAUCAUCAUGAACAAAAAUUUAUCUCGUUAAGAAUACCGUGCAUGGUGAACUUUGACGGAAUCCUAAUUUAGAAGAUUGUUUACAGAAAAGUGUUCAUCUUAUGUACAAAUUUAUACACAAUUUUAUUGAAGUAUUUGUGAAAAUCUUUAGUUUUGUGAUAUUUCAGUCAGAUAUACCAGCUCUCUAAUGGAAAUGAAGUGCUGUAAUCAAAGCUUUGAAAGUUUAAGACAAUAUUAGUAUGUAUUAGGGUGAACAUUUAAAAGGAAAGGCUUUAGAUAUACAAAAUUCAAACUCAAUAUCUGUAUACGAGUGGAUUUUAAGGAAGUCGUUUCUGUUAGCCAUAAGUUUCAUAUACCUAAAUUAGAAGAUAUUUGUUAAGAUAGAGAUAGGGAACGUUUUGAAGUGAUGUCCUGAGCAAAUAAUCCUAUACCUUGAUAACCAUAUGUUUAUUUAACAUUCCGUUCAAUGUUUUUAAUUGAUGUACUAGUUUUCUAUUUGUUUGUUUUUGAAUUAUGACAUAAUAUGUGUAGUUAAGAAAGUAAUCAUUGAAACAUUGGCUUUUACAAAAAAAAAAUGUUGGAAACAGAAGUGGAUUCAAGGAAAAAAAUCAUUAAAAACACAUGAAUGUACCUUGAAUUUUCACUGUAGAUGUCAUGCUGCCAUAUGAAAAAAAUGUCUUCUACAUGUAUUUGGUUUUUUUCAUCAGAGGAAAUUGUAUUACAAAAGCAGAACAGUUUUUUUCAAAUCAGAAAUCAUAAAAAAUAUCAGAAUCACUUUUACUUAAGAAUUGAAAUGUUUGAGUCAACAAAAUUUUACAAGAAUCAAAGUUCUAAGUAAAGGAAUUAUUUAGUGUAUAAAUUGUAGAAAUGAAAGGAUUUCAGUUGGUGUGCCAUAGUCAGUGUAUAGUCAACCAACUAUUUUUGAGUGCAGAAAUCCAGUUGUCUCCCCUUACUACAUAACACAACUUACCAAAGACUUGAGUAAUCUCUUGCCAAGUUGCAGUACACUACAUAUAGCUACCUCCCCUUAAUUUACAGCAUUAUUCUCUGGAGACCAUUAAAUUAAAAUUCAAAUAAAUAAAUAUCAUUAUUGAAAUUAAAAUUCAUAAAAUAAUAUACCAUGUCCUCAAAUUUAUGGAAGUAUAUCAUAAAAUUGUAAAACAAGUUUCAGACGUUUCUGACAGUUUUGCUGUUAUGUAUGCUUUUUACGGUAUCAUCAUCAGUGUUCAGAAAAAGAAUAUUGAUAGACUAACAUGAAUUAUUCGUAGAUUGAAAUGGAAAAAUAUAUUAUUUGAUAUUUGGAAAUUUAAUAAUUUGUAAAUUGUAAAAAAAAAUUGGCUUGAUAAUUUUACAAUAGUUUGCGUCUGUGACAUUUUCUAUGCUAUUUCCUUUUCAAACCCUCUCUAUACAAGUAUGUGUUACAUUAUGUUUUGAAUGUAUUACGAAAAUAUAUC